AUGGACUUUCCAACGCACCUCUUAUACGCGGACGAUAUCUUGGUCUUCUGCAAAGCUUCGGUUCGGAAUGCUAAGAAGAUUAAACAUAUUCUUGAGUACUAUGGCAGAUUGUCGGGGCAGGUGUGUAGUCUUGAAAAAUCUCGCGUCUACUUUGCGAAAGGGGUUGCAACUCCGAUGAAGAGAGGUAUCAAUCGUGUACUAGGGUUUACGCAGGGUAGCGAUCAUGUCACUUAUUUAGGGGCCCCCCUCUUUGUGGGUCGUCCCAAGGCUGCUCAGUUUAUGGGGAUUAAAGACAGGAUUGUUCAGAAAUUCUCGCGGUGGGCUGGUCUUAAUCUCUCUAUGGCGGGGCAGCUCUGUUUGGUUAAAUCGGUGAUUCAGAGCUCCAUUGUUCACACCAUGAUGGUGUUCAGAUGGCCGAAAUCGUUACUUCAUGAGCUGGAUAGGAAAUGUCGAAAUUUCAUUUGGACAGGUAACACUGAUCAGAAGCCCUCUUGUGCGGUAAAAUGGGAUCGUUGCUGCGCUUCUCUGGAAGAGGGAGGUCUUGGCUUGAGAUCUUUCACCCUCAUGAACAAAAGCUUUUUGAUGAAACUGGCGUGGAAUGUGAUCAAAGGAGGCGACAUUGCUUCGGAUGUCCUGCGCUCAAGAUAUUUAACCCCACAUGGUCAUGCUAGGAAAAAUGUUGCUAACUCUUCCAUUUGGCUGGGUUUAAAGCAUGAGAUUACUGAUCUGGUGAGCAGCUCUUACUCUGCUAUUGGUGAUGGUCGUUCGACCUUAUUCUGGACGGAUAACUGGCUCGGCUAUAGGCUUUGUGACAGAAUGGGAAUUCUGGGUUUUCUGUGGGAGGCGCUCAAUCACUCGGUUGCUGACUAUUGUUUUGAGGGGGUUUGGCACUUCACGGAGAGUUUUGUUCAGAAUUUUCCGGAUAUCGUCGGUGACAUUCUUCUUCUUCAGAUGCAACAUAACGCUGAUACUCGUUUAUGGCAACACUCUCUCAGAGGUAACGUCACUUCGGCCCUUGCUUUUGCGAACAUUUCUCAUCGUUACCCGCAGGUUUCUUGGGGUUUCGUGGCUUUGGGAUCCUGCAAUCCCGGUGCGCAGAUCCCUGACUUGUUGGCGUCUAAUUCAUGGUAG